AGACUUCCCAGGACCAUCUGAGCCUGGAUUUCCUAGAUUUCCCCCAAAAUGCAGGUGGUGCUGGGGCUGUGGCUGUGCCUGGGCUCUGCCUGGGCUGCCCCUCUGAGCCCCUGGUGUCUCUCAGCCCAGCUCAGGAGGCCUGGGGAUUUUGUCCUGGGGGGUUUGUUCCCCUUUGGGAAGGACACCCUGAACCUGGCAGAUCGCUCUGAGCCCACCCUGCUGCUCUGUGACAGGUUAUUCACGGACGGGCUGAUCUGGGCUCUGGCCAUGAGGUUUGCCAUCGAGCAGAUCAACAACAGCAGCUGGCUGCUGCCAGGGGUCACCCUGGGCUAUGACAUGUGUGACACCUGCUUUGAGCCCCUGGUGGCCCUUCAGCCCAGCCUCCUCUUCCUCACCCGCAAUGGCACCAGGGCCAUCGGGGUCCUGUGUGACUACAGCGAGUACCAGCCCCGCGUCACCGCCGUCAUCGGGCCCCACAAAUCCGACCUGUGCCUGCUCACGGCCAAGCUCUUCAGCUCCUUCCUCAUCCCACAGGUGAGCUACGGUGCCAGCAGCGAGACCUUGAGCAACACGGAGCUCUACCCGUCCUUCUACCGCACGGUGCCCAGCGACAAGAACCUGGUGGAGGCCGUGGUGCUGCUCCUCAACCACUUUGGCUGGAACUGGGUGGCCACGGUGGCCAGCGAUGAUGAGUAUGGCCGGGGAGCCCAGGCGCUCUUCCUCAGCAUGGCUGGCACCAACAGCAUCUGCAUCGCCUUCGAGGGGCUCAUCCCCACCGAGCUGGCUGAGCCUGACGCCACCAAGCAGCUGGAGAACACAAUUAAAUUAAUUAACAGCACCAAAGUCAACGUGAUCGUGCUGUUUGCUCACAGCGUGCCAGCCCAGGCCCUGCUGCAGCACAGCCUGGCCAUGGGGCUGGGCAAGAAGGUCUGGCUGGGCAGCGAGGCCUGGCUGCUGUCGGACAUCGCCACCUCUGUCCCCAACAUCCAGAGGGUGGGGACAGUGCUGGGCUUUGUCAUGAGGACGGGGACAGUGCCAGGCUUCCAGGAGUUCGUGGCUGAGCUGUUCAGCUCUGUGGCUCAGGAGGAGUUCUGCCGGCGCUCCCGGGAGCUCAGCGGGCUGCAGGACGCCGAGGUGUUGGACAUGCACUGCCGGCAGUGUGGCAAUGUCACCCUCAGGGACAUCUGGCCCAUGCUGGGGGUGACACCGGUGCAGCCCGUGCAUGUGGCCGUGUACAGCGUGGCCCAUGCACUGCACAGGGCUCUGGGCUGCACCUCCAAAGGGUGUCCCAAAACACCUGUCAGGUCCUGGCAGCUGCUGCACUUCAUGAACACCCUCCCCUUUGAGGUGAACGGGCAGAGCUUCAGGUUUGAUCAAUUCCAUGGCACAAACACGGGCUACAAACUGAUCCUCUGGGCCUGGAGGGAUGGCACUGUCACCUACCUGCCCGUGGGGGACUACGACCAGUCCCUGUACGUCCGGACGUCCCAGAUCCAGUUCCACACCCCAGACAAGAAGGAGCCCACAUCCGAGUGCUUCAGGCGCUGCCAACCAGGGCAAUUCAGAAGAAUAAAAGGAUUCAACCUCUGCUGCUAUGACUGCACAGACUGCUCAGAAAACACCUUCUGGAGCAGCACAGACAGCACCAGCUGCUCCCCGUGCCCACAGCACCAGUGGGCUCCUGCCCGCAGCACGCGCUGCCACGACCGCGCCGAGCGGUUCCUGUCCUGGGAUGAACCCCUGGCCAUGGCCCUGCUGACCCUGGUGGCCCUCACUGCAGCCCUGAGCUGUGGGGCAGCCCUGCUGUUCCUGCAGCACCUGCACAGCCCCCUGGUGCAGCUGGCAGGAGGUGCCAGGAGCCUCCUGGCCCUGCUCUGGCUGCUGCUGCAGAGCCUCAGCUGCUGCCUGCACGUGGGCAGGCCCAGCGCGGCGCUGUGCCCGCUGCAGCAGCUCUGCUACGCCCUGUGCCUCAAUGGCUGCCUCUCCUGCCUGCUGCCCAAGGCCCUGGAGAUCACCCUGGUGACAGAAUUCCCCCGCUGUGCCCCCAGGCUGCUGCACUGGGUGACCCACGGCAGGGCCUGGCUGGUGGUGGCCGUGUCCAUCCUCACCCAGGUGUUGCUCUGCUGGUGCCACCUCCACCUGGGCCCUGAUUACCUGGUGGCUGACUACGAAUCCCUGCCCAGGGAGGUGCUGCUGGUGUGUGGCACCCAGUCCUGGGCUGCUUUUGCCCUCCUGCAUGGCUACAACAGCUGCCUGGCCUUCGUCUGCUUCCUGUGCACCUUCAUGGUGCAGACCCCAGGCAGGAGGUACAACGUGGCCAGGGGCAUCACCUUUGCCACCUUCAUCUAUUUCAUCGUCUGGAUUUUCUUCCUGGUGAUUUUUGCCACGCUCAGGACGGUGCUCAGGGCUGUCACCCAGAUCUGCACCAUCCUGGCCACCACCCUGGGCAUUUUGGGCAGUUACUUUGUGCCCAAGUGCUACAUCUUGGUGCUCAGGCCUGAUCUGAACACGAGGGAUUAUUGCCAGAACCUCUCUGAGGAGCAGCCAGAGGAGGACAGACAAUAA